AUCUCUCUGUUUUGUUUGCAUUGUGGGGAAAAGCGAACCAACCACUACGAGGACGACAUUUAUGAGAUCCUGGUCGCGCCUCCCUCAAAACCCCGAGUGUCACAGUAAAAACGUUUUAAUUGAAUCGGCACAGGCAGUAAUUUAUUUCAGUGUCCAAGAUCACUGAAAGGCAAAACGGACACUGCAAGACUUCAGUAUAACGACAUAAACUACAAUGGAUUGUUCAACCAAUGACAGCAAAUCAACCAGCAAGAAUAAAGUGGUGGCUGUGGUGGGAGGUGGUUUGGUCGGCGCCUUGAAUGCCUGCUACUUUGCAAAAAGAGGUUUUCAAGUAGAGGUCUUUGAAUCUCGAGAAGAUAUCCGCCAAGCCAAAAUAGUCAAGGGAAGAAGCAUCAAUCUAGCUCUAUCUCACAGGGGUCGCCAGGCAUUGAAACAAGUGGGAAUGGAAGACACGAUUGUCUCCAAAGGAAUCCCCAUGCAUUCCAGAAUGAUCCACUCCUUGAAUGGGACACAGUCCCCCAUUCCUUAUGGCAAGAAAGGACAGUACAUCCUGUCUGUUGACAGAGCCAACCUCAACAAAGAACUGUUGUCAGCGGCAGAGACGUAUUCAAACACAAAGCUGAACUUCGCCCACAAACUACUCAACUGGAGCACUGAAACAGGAGCAAUGACCUUUCUCAGGGCUGAUGGUGCAAAGGAGGAGAUCCAGGCAGACUUGAUUGUGGGGUGUGAUGGAGCGUUCUCUGCAGUUCGGAAACAGUUCCUCCGUCAGAGCCGUUUCAACUUCAGUCAGACCUACAUCCCCCAUGGGUACCUGGAGCUCACCAUGCCCCCCAUCAAUGGAGAGUUUGCCAUGAAGCCUAAUUAUCUGCACAUAUGGCCGCGCAACACAUUCAUGAUGAUUGCUCUACCCAACUUGGACAAGACUUUCACCUGCACACUCUUCAUGCCGUUUGACGAGUUUGAAAAUGUCACCACGGGCGACCAGGUCAUUGAGUUCUUCCAGAAAUACUUUCCCGACGCCAUCCCACUAAUAGGAGCGGAUGCUCUUAAGAGGGAUUAUUUCCGUCUACCAGCCCAGGCCAUGGUGUCCGUGAAGUGCUCUCCAUAUCACCUUAGUGAUAAGUGUGUCCUUAUGGGGGAUGCAGCCCACGCUGUGGUGCCAUUCUACGGACAGGGGAUGAACGCAGGCUUUGAAGACUGCCUUGUUUUCAACGAAAUCAUGGACCAGCUCAACGAAGAUUUCAGUGCUGUUCUGCCUGAGUACACUCGAGUCCGAGUCCCAGACGACCAUGCCAUCGCAGACCUGGCCAUGUACAACUACGUCGAAAUGCGGUCACAUGUCAAUUCCAAGUGGUUCCUGUUCCGAAAAUACGUAGACAAUACCCUCCACAUUAUUAUGCCAAGGACAGUAAUCCCCUUAUAUACCAUGGUUACAUUUACUAGGACAAGGUACCAUGAGGCAGUAAAACGCUGGCACUGGCAAGACAAAGUGAUCAACCAAGGCCUGUUAUGUGUGGCAGCAUCUGUUGUGGGGGGCUCCUACCUUCUAUUCAGAUACCCCCCUAACAUGCCCAACAUCUCCAUUGAGCAGCUGUGGACCAGGCUGCAGGCCCUCAAGAGUCCCUUCUGAGGUUUUGUGGGCUAAUACCUCUUCGUCCCAGAUAAAGGGGUGAAAACAGAGCUAGAAACAAGAUGGAAAAAUACAGUGUUCUGUGACCCAAUUACCAAUGUAAUUUUUUCAUAAUGUACAUUUUAUUGACUGUAAUUGAAGGCCUGUGGGGCACAUUUUGUGUUAAUGUACAUGUAACUACCAAAAUGAUUACCCCUCUUUCAAAGUUAAUGAGAAUUCUUCUUCUAGCCAUGGUAACCAAAAUAACUGGGCAUUUUUAUACAUAACCCUAGGCAUAAUAGUGUCACACCCUGACCAUAGUUUGCUUUGUAUGUUUCUAUGUUUUGUUUGGUCAGGGUGUGAUCUGAGUGGGCAUUCUAAGUUGGAUGUCUUGUUUGUCUAUUUCUAUGUCUGGCCUGAUAUGGUUCUCAAUCAGAGGCAGGUGUUAGUAAUUGUCUCUGAUUGGGAACCAUAUUUAGGUAGCCUGUUUGGUGUUGGGUUUUGUGGGUGAUUGUUCCUGUCUCUGUUUUCACCAGAUAGGCUGUUUAGGUUAUCAUACGUUAUUGUUUUGUUAAAGAACCAUGAAUAAUCACCACGCUGCGUUUUGGUCUGCCUCUCCUUCAAGUCAAGAAAACCGUUACAAAUAGGCUGUUAAUUUCUUAUUUAACUCAGUAACCACACCUGUGUGGAAGCACCUACUUUAAAAAUACUUUGUGUCCCUCAUUUACUCAAGUGUUUAUUAACCAACAUCCAACUCGUGUCAGUCAUGUUGCAGUAAUUAAACAUUCCAAAUAAUUUGUGGCAUAUUAUUGUCCCAGUUCCAUGUCAACAUGCCAGAAAAUAACUUAAGUGGCUUUUUUUGUGGGUGUGUUGAAUCAAACAUAAAUACAGAAAAUAAUGUUCUUAUCUUCGAGGGCAUUACAUUAGACCACAGUAUUAUUUUUUUGAUUGAGGUUGCAACUGCAAAGUUCCUUUAUUUAUCUAGGCAAGACAGUUAUGAACAAAUUCUUAUUUUCAAUGACGGCCUAGGAACAGUGGGUAAACUGCCUGUUCAGGGGCAGAACGACAGAUUUGUACCUUGUCAGCUCAGGGGGUUUGAACUUGCAACCUUCCGCUCUAACCACUAGGCUACCCUGCCACCUGUCUUAAUGCUGUCCCAUGAUCACAAUGCUACUGCUCAACAAUACAACUGUAGUAGCCAUGGCUGCAUGACCCGUGUUGACAAAUAAUUAUUUAUCAUUAAAGUUAGAAACAUUGUUAAUACAA